UUGGGCAUCAGAAAGGUUGGCUCUCUCCGGAGAAUCGUAUUGGAAAUAUGGAACUGCAGGCUGACGGCGAUAAAGCAAACUACUCGGACACUGUGCUCUACCACGUUUUGUCCAAGGAGAAGCAGUUGAGAAGGAGACUACCGUGGUACCAUGCCCCCUCCUUUCUCCUCCUGUGGGUGGUGCUGUUCUACGCCAUCGUACUUCCGCUUUUCUAUCGGCUGCCAGACCGCAUAACCAUUGCCGACGAGCCACUUAAGCCCGGGCAAUUUGUGGCCGAGAGAGCACAGAAAGUGCUCUACGAAUUCGAUCGUAUCGGACCCAAAGUGGUUGGGAGCAUAGCCAAUGAAGUGACGACCGUGGCAUUUCUCUUGAAUGAGGUGGCCAAGAUUAGGGGGGAAAUGCGCAGCGAUCUCUUUGACUUGGACUUGGAUGUCCAGCAGCCAUCGGGUUCCUAUGUGGUGGGAACCAUGACCAGCAUAUAUCAGGGCAUCCAGAAUGUGGUUGCAAGGCUGAGCACUAAAAGCUCCAAUAGCACCUCUUAUCUGCUGAUCAAUAGCCAUUUCGACUCGAAGCCAGGAAGUCCAGGAGCUGGCGAUGACGGCACCAUGGUUGUAGUAAUGUUAGAGGUUCUACGUCAAAUGGCAAUUUCCGAAGACAAAUUCGAACAUCCCAUAGUCUUUUUGUUUAAUGGAGCGGAGGAGAAUCCCCUGCAGGCUUCCCACGGCUUUAUUACCCAGCAUAAAUGGGCGGCAAACUGCAAGGCAGUCAUCAACUUGGAAGUGGGCGGCAGCGGUGGUCGAGAUAUCUUAUUUCAGAGUGGUCCAAAUAAUCCCUGGUUAGUAAAGUACUACAAACAGUAUUCGAAGCAUCCAUUUGCCUCAACAUUGGCGGAAGAGAUCUUUCAGUUUGGAAUACUGCCCUCCGAUACAGAUUUUCGCAUCUUUCGAGAUUAUGGGAAUAUUCCGGGUCUCGACAUCGCUCAAUUCAGCAAUGGAUACGUUUAUCAUACAAAGUUCGAUAGUUUUGAUGUUGUGCCAGGUCGUUCGGUUCAGAGCACAGGAGAAAAUGUCCUUUCACUGCUUCGAGCUUUUGCCAAUGCCAGUGAAUUACAUAAUACUAAGGAACAUAGUGCAGGACACGCUGUCUUUUUUGAUUUUCUGGGACUUUUCUUUGUGACUUACACGGAGAAGACUGGAGUAAUCUUAAACUAUUGCUUGGCAGUACUAAGUGUUCUUCUCGUUGGCUUUUCCCUGUGGCGAAUGGCUUGUGUGUCCGAGAUUUCCCUGGGAAGGAUAUCCAUUGUGUUUGUCGUAAUUUUGGGCCUGCAUCUUCUGGGGUGUCUUCUAUGCUUUAGUUUGCCUCUGAUAAUGGCUGCACUAUACGACAUCAGCGAUCGAACUUUGACCUAUUACAGUAACAACUGGUUGGUGAUUGGUCUCUACAUCUGUCCGGCAAUUAUUGGAAUGGUGCUGCCCUCGACACUUUAUUACAGAUUCAAGCCAAAUGAAAAGUUAAGCCACUCGAACCAGAUCUACAUCGGUUUGCACGUUCAUUGUGUGGUCCUAGCGUUCCUAACCAUUUUUAUGACAGCCAUUGGUCUUCGACUUUCCUAUAUGUGUAUGAUAUCGUUGAGUCUCUAUGUCGGCUCUCUGAUGAUUAACCUUAUAACUACCUUACAUGAUCGUGGAUACUACUGGGUAUUGACAGUGCAGCUUAUUCAGCUUUUCCAGUACUUGUACUUCUCCUAUCUUUUCUACAUAUUCCUUGUGAUUUUCUUCCCAGCGAUGGGAAGAAAUCGAGACUCUGUUAAUCCCGACAUGCUGAUAGCCCUGAUAUGCGCUUUGGGAACCUUUUUCGCCCUUGGUUUUGUGGUUCCUUUGAUCAACAUGUUCCGUUGGUCCACCAUUUUAUUGAUUGGUCUCGGUGUGGUAACCUUUAUAUUCAGCAUGAUCUCUGUUUCGGAAGUGGGAUUUCCCUAUCGUCCCAAGACCAGUGUGAUGCGUGUGAAUUUUCUACAAACCCGUCGAAUGUUCUACGAGUACGAUGGUUCUCUAAGCGUUGAUGACUCGGGGUACUAUUUUGACUAUCAGGAUAGACGAGCCCUUCGUCCACUUAAGGAUUACGCCGUAAACUUGACUGGACUUACCUCCAUAGAUACACCUUGCGAUGAGUACGUGAUGUGCGGGAUUCCAUGUUUCUGGAGUAGCUGGUGUAGGGGGCUCUCUAGUGCUGCUUGGCUGCCUCGCGGAACGGAAGUGGACAUACCCGGAACAUUGGAAUUGAGCCUCUUAAUCAUCCUCUUGGAAUCGGGAAAAUCCAAGAGGUUCGAAUUCGAACUUGCUGGCCCUCCGCACAUGGGUCUGUAUAUACGACCGCUGGAUGGAAGUAGCAGUGGAGGAUUGGUCUUUCUAAAGACAAUGCUGGACAAACCUGAAAAAUACUCGGCGCCCUAUCAAAUAUACUUCUCCUAUGGCCUGGAUAAGACCCCAUUUAAAUUUCACAUUGAUUUCGCAAAGGCUGAUGGAGAUUUAAAUGGACCCAUGUUUGAGCUGGGAGUUGUGGGGCAUUAUGUAAGCCAGGAUUUUGAGAGGGAUGCAACUACCCUACAGUUCAUAGCGGAUCUACCGGACUUUGUUUACACUAUGGAAUGGCCGGCUCUGUUUAAGCGGUAUAUCUUUUAAGACCCUUAUUCCGUUAGCUAAGUUUUGCAUUCAUUAUAUUUCGGGACAUUCCAAGUGCGGCGAUAGUGCAAUCGAUAGGAAAGAAAA